AUGGGAUUGUGUGGAGAGGUUGGUAAUAUAGAUGAAACUAAAAUUUAUGGAGUUAUGCCUUAUGUGGCUCCUGAAGUAUUAAGAAGAAGGUCUUAUACCAAAGAAUCAGAUAUCUAUAGUUUUGGUAUGAUAAUGUAUUUUGUAGCAACUGGAAGACAACCUUUUUACAAUCGUGCACAUGAUCAUCUUCUUGCAUUAGAUAUUUGUAAAGGACUUAGACCUGAAAUAAAUGAAUUAGAAGCACCAAUAUUUUAUAUUGAUGUAAUAAAAAAGUGUUGGGGUUUAGACAAGAAUAAUAGACCAAAUAUUUUUGAAAGUUUUGGGAUACAAAAUAUCACAAAAAUUUAUUUUAUAGCUUCUAUUAAAGAUCCCUAG